AUGGAGCGGAAGACACUCUUCACUCCUUCACGUGAAAAAAUACACGUGAACGUUGCGGUGGUGCUGCCACUCGAGCGCAGCAGCAAGGAGCCGGUGCUACGCGAAACACACCUGUUCCCCAACGAGGAGUUGCAGAGUCUUCUUUACGUCGGAUGCUCCGACAGCACGCUGCAUGUCUACCGCGUUGUGGCCCGCCUUGACAGGGAGGAAGUGCACCACGAUGUGAGUACAGUCUUUCUGCAUAGGAAAGUCCUCGCCUCAUUGUAUGGAGGUGGCAUGAAAAGCGGUGGCGAUGGUGUUGGUGGCGGUGGCAAGGACGACAAAAGCGCCAAUGCGGAUGGGGUCACCUUCCUUGACGUGAACAGGAAGUCAUCAACACCCCAGUUGCUGGUCCUUGCGAAUGGCACACUUGACGUGCUGCAUUAUGGUAAUUUGAAUAGCAUGGGAAUUUUCCAGCAUCUCCCUCUGCCUCCUGGACCCGCUGCAGCGUGUUGCGUGGCCCGGGCCCAGGGAGACGAACUACUACCACUUCAAGAAAAGCAACAACAACAAGAACAGCGUCUGGCGUUACUUAUUAAGCGUUGGAUUGUCCUCGUGGGGUACACAGAACGUAGGGCAUACAUUAUUGGAAGUGGUUCCGAGGAUGGGGUAGUUUCUGCUGCUGCUGCUGCUGCUGCUACUGUGGAAUGCCCUCACAUCGUGGUGCCGGAUGGCACCCAGGUCAUGGUCUGGCAGGGCGACUCGAUUAUAACAGGUAGUUCACGAGAGUAUUCCGUGUUCGAUGCGAACACACGCCAAUUACGGCAGCGGAUGGUGGUGGAUGGAGUGCUUUCACAGGGACCUUUGUGUCGUUACGUGAAUGGGCAAAGUGAAGGUUCGUAUGUUUUAAUCCGAAAAGGGGAUUGUCGACUCGCGUUGUUCGACGCGACAAUAGAGACGGAUCUGGAGGCCGCUACACCCGUGAUGAUGUCAGGGCCCGUUGUGGAUGUUGCAUGGGCCCCUCCAUUUCUCAUUGGCGUCAAAAAGGACGGAGGUGUGCUGAUGCAGUCGUGGUUGGACAAUGAGGAUUUUCCCAGUAGCUCUGCUUCCGUCUCCUCCUCACCCUCAUCCUCUUCCUUCGGAUUCGUCGGAGUGCCGUUCCAUGUGCACUCCACACCCCUCGGCGUGUACGGUGUGUGUGCACACAGUGUGCAGUUCUUGGUGCUAAUGCCAAGGAAAACAGUGAGGGCGCUCUAUAUAAACGCCGGGUUGUACGAGCGUGCCCUGCGUUACUCCGAUCACGCGUUCGAUGCGGAGGAUGAUGCCCAGCUGCGGCGCGUCUACUACGCGUGUGCCCAUCAUGCGUUGAUGGGCAAGCGGUACACUGAGGCAUUUCGUUACUUUAACUUGGCGGCAACGCCCACUGCAGAGUUACUGGCGUUUGUGCCGGAGCUGCAGCGCCCGAAAAAAGAUACGCAGAGAUUAGAUGGAAGGGUUACACUCUCAUUCAGCAGUGGUGAGGCGUACCGUCGACUGUACGAGUUGUUGUUGCAACGCCGUUCAGUUGGCCUUGGUAGCGGCACAGAGGAGCAACGGGCCACUGAAUUUGCUAUUUUUCUUUUAUACGUGCUGGAGUGUGUACCCUACACGGACAAGGAACUAACGGAUAUGUUUCUAUUUUCAUCAACAUUGGCGCCAGACGAAUGCCUGCGCUACGUUGGAGAAGAUGGAGUCCGUCCAAAGCCAAUGAUUGUGCCUUUAGUUCUGGCUUCUGACGGACGGUUCACAGAAGCACUGGAACGCUGCCAAUUACAGAGGCUCGUGUACGAGGCGGCUGUCGUGCUGCAGAUGAGCGGCGAUGAGCAGCUGUACCUGCGCUACAUGCCUUGGAUGCUAAGCGUUGACACCAAUGCCGCGCUCGUAGCUGUGGUGCGGCCGCAGCGGCGUCCACCACCUGUGUCGCUCAUUCUUCCAAUGCUCCUUGGUUACGGUGGCUAUCCACUGCACGAGUAUCUGCAUUAUCUUAUCUUUGUGGACAAUAACACCGAGCCCCGGCUACACACGUUGUACGCGACGAACCUCAUUGAUAUUAUCCGCACCCUCCAGCCGUUUGGUGUGGAGGGUAUGAAGGCAAGCAUCAUUAAGGUUGUGGCGGGGGAAGAGUCCGGCAUUCGUGGCGCAGCGCGGCGCGCAUUGCUGACGUUUCUUCAAUUAAGCUCACACUAUGAAGCCAAUGUUGUGCUUUCCUUUCUUGUUGAUGCUGGCUUGGUUGAAGAGCAGGUGCUGGCGCUGGAGCAGGCUGGUGACCACCUUGGUGCCUUAACGAAGCUGGUGUACGAACUCGACGAUGUUUCUGCUGCUGCACGGUACUGUGAGGUACAGCACGCACGGGACCUCCAGCGCGUUGGCAACCGCGUACACUGCCCGACUGAGGGUAGCGGCAGCAACGCACACGGCCCUCAGACACUCUGCAGUAAGCAGAGAGAGGAGCUUUUGACAGACAGGGAUGACACAGUUCACUUAGCAGGUCAAACAUAUGCUUUUCAAGGCAGUCGUACCUCAAACGAGUACUUCAACCUCCUCCUUCACGUACUGCUCGUCCCUCCAGCGGGAAAGCAACGACAGCUCUCAGCAGCCCUCGCGGUCCUGAACGAGCACUCACAUUGUAUCAAUCCCCUCUCUGUUAUGACCUCGCUACCGAGUGAAGUGUGCGUCGCUGAAAUAUCGUCUUACAUGCGGCGCGCGUUUCAGACCUUGUGUAGCCAGGUACAAAUGGCUGAAGUAAACGCAAACGUAGCGGCGUCUAUGGUGGCGGACGCGCAGCGUUAUCACUCCUUGUUGCGUCAGCGGUGUGUGUACGUUGACGAGAAGCGACCUUGUUCGGUGUGUGGCAAACCUCUAGGCCUUGGCGUGAUCGCGGCAUUCCCCAACCUGAAGGCGACACACUUCCGCUGCUUUCGCACGCAGGAGCUGGACCCGGAGCGUGGCGUGCCGUUCCGGCCGGCGCUGUGA